GAAGGAUGAUGCUUGAGGACGCAUCAAGUGAGCUGACGCAUGACACCAUCGAAGAACCUUCGCAUCACCUUGGGGGAAGCAUCCUUUCCUUUGCAUAUAUAUAUAUAGCUAUUGGCUCCACUGGCCAAACAACGUGAUUGGAAAUGGUCAUGGCGGCUCCUUUGGGCUUCACUGAGAUGUCCUACCCUCCCUUCUUCCUUGUAGAUAACCCUUCUGGAGUUCCUGACUUCGACUUCUUCCCCGCCGAGGCCUCCGAUGAGUCCAUGCUCGGAGUUUGCAAUGGUGUAGCCGCCGAUGAAGCCCUGUUCGAGGACUCAUUGCUCGCCGGUGAUCCCAAAACGCUGGUUGCCAGCGAUUGCGGCCUAAAUGCGCCAACAACUAGACUGGUGAUGAGCGAUACGAAGAGAAUGAAAGUGGAGACGGGUUGUAGGAUUGGAUUUAGAACAAAGUCUGAGGUUGAUGUCUUAGAUGAUGGCUUCAAGUGGAGGAAGUAUGGGAAGAAGUCCGUGAAGAACAGCCCAAAUCCAAGGAAUUACUACCGGUGCUCCCGUGAGGGCUGUGCAGUGAAAAAGAGAGUGGAAAGAGACGCGGAAGACUCCAGCUAUGUGAUCACAACGUACGAAGGGGUGCACAACCAUGAGAGCCCGGGCACUGUUAGUUAUGAGUUCAGCCCUCGUCAAGCCAAAACCUCGGCGUGGGAAUCAUAUGACCAGCUGCCCUUGGUGGUUCCAAAUGUAUAUAGGAUGCAGGCUGCUCGCUCUUUCUACUGAGUCGAAGUAGUUUCCUUCAUGCUUUGAUGAGCCCAAGCAAAUUGUAAUCCAAAGAAAUGAUUAAUUCGAGGCAGACCCGAGUGCACUUCCACACGCGUGCGAGUGUGCGCAUUCGUGAAGUAAGCGGUGGGCGAUUGUAUUAAUUAAUUGUCUUCCAUUGGUAUAUAUAUACAUGCUUAAAAUUUCCUGC